CAGCGCGGUUUUUUCUUCCUGGAAGUUCAACAGAGUUAGACUUCUUUGCGGAUCCGGACGGGACCCGAACCGGAGAUUCCGCCUCAGCGACUUGUCUUUAGCGAACGGCGGGUGGAGGGGGAUGGCGCUGCACCGGGCACCCCUCUUGCUCUUGGGAACUGUGCUGGGGUCCUUCGUGCCUGGGGCUUUGUGCGGCGCUCCCUCACACUCCCUGUGCUACUUCUACCUGCGACUCUCAGAGCCCAGCAAGGGGCUGCCCCAGUUCUUCAUUAGGAGCUACUUGGAUGACCAGCCCAUCGCUCGCUACGACAACCUCACCAGGAAGACGGAGCCUCUGGUGCCCUGGAUGGAGGAGGAGGAGAAGGAGAGAUUUCUGGCCCUUGAGUGGGUCUUCAGGGCUGACCUGGAGAAGAUAUCAAAACUGGACCACCAUGUUGCAGGGCUUCACACCUGGCAGGCGGUUUUGGGCUGUGAGCUCAGGGAAGACGGGAGCAAAGAAGGGUUUUUGCACUACGGCUAUGGCUACAAUGAGAAGGACUUCAUCAGCUUGGAGAAGGAGAACCUCAGAUGGGUGACAGCUCAGCCCCAGGCCCAGAAGGUGAAGGAGAAGUGGGAGGAGGAUCCAGGGUGGUCUGAGAGAAAUAAAGUCUUCCUGGAGAAGACCUGCAUUGUGUGGCUGCAGAGAUACCUGUCCUACCAGAAGGAGGCUCCACAGAGAAUUGAGCCUCCAGUGGGGAAGGUGACUCGUAAGGUGGUCGAUGACAGCCUGGAGGUCCUCAUCUGCCAGGCCUUUGGCUUCUACCCCAAGGAGAUCCAGGCCACCUGGACGAGGGACGGAGAGGCCUAUAUCUACGAGACCCUUCCUAGGAACGUGGCCCCCAACUCAGACGGGACCUAUUAUGUCUCGCUCAGCAUUGUGAUCGAACCCAAGGAGAGGAAGCAUUUUCGGUGUCGCCUGGAGCACAAGGGCUUGCAGGAGCCCCUGGUCUUGGCUUUCAAGGAGGAAAAAGCUACAAGGUGGCGGAUUCCUGUGGGAAUUGUACCAGGCUUAAUCUCUGGAGCUGCGGUUCUCUUCCUGAUAUGCCAGUGGUGGAGAUUCAGUGAAAAAUUCCAUCACAAAGUGACAACUUGCCCUGAUCAAGUUUCUCCAGAAAUGGUUACUUCUCCCCCCAUCCGUGGCACAGAAGACUCCACACUUGGAAAAUACCUGGAAGAGAAGACUAUGUACCUCUUUCAAAGCAGAACAAAAAUCUUUGGAAGCUGGAGGCCUCAGGGAGCUCCUGAAGACACUGUUUCAACGUUGCUCAGUGGCAAAAAGAAGCAGCUUCUUACUAAUACUCUUACUCCUGCCGAGGCUGACGGUUAUCAUCAUCAUCACAGUCAUCGUCAUCAUCAUCGUCAUCAUCAUUAUCAUUAUUGUAAGGUCCAAUAAUAAUAACAUGUUUUAAGUUCAUAAAUGCCAAACAAGAAACUUAAACAGAGGCUUGAGUAAAAUAGCAUUUAAUCUUGAUCAAGCUUAAAUGGUUAGUUGCUCCAAACACAUACAAGAUACAUGCAGGGAAGAACUACAAGAGAGGGAAUUCGUAUCCCUUUUAUAUUCUUUAGGAACGUCAUAAACCUUCAAUUCUGGCAUCUUUGAUUUGUGUAUCCCUGGAAUUUGCUUUGUAUAUCUCCUGGAACGGGGUAGAGCCUCUUAAUGAGCAUCAUAAGCGUUAUCUCUUCCUGAUCAUCAUCUUUGUGUUCACAUUUGGCUAUUUGGCCCCCUGGAGUGGAGAGAACUCAAAAGAUCAAAGAUGAGAUACUUCUUAGGCAGGAUGGGGAGAGAUGAGAUACUUCUUAGGCAGGAUGGGGAGAGAUAAGGCUCUGAUCAAACAGUGGGACGUAUAGUUUGACAAAUGCCAGAUACUUCACAACACACCCCACUAACAGUCCAGGAAGUUAGUCAAUGUGGCAUAUUUGUGUUAUAACUACAAAGGGCAUAAUAUGUCAGUGUCAUGCAGAUAUACAAAUAUUUACAGCAUGCAGGUAUACAAAGACAUCAUAUAUCAUACAUAUAUAUGUUGCAAGAAACAAUUAACAAGGUUCUACUAAUUCUAGUAUUUCCGUAUAUCUAUUUCCUUACAUUCCACCCUUUUUAUUAAAAAUGAUGGAAUGCUUUCCAUCAUGGUGAAAUAAUUCUAUUCAGCAUAUAAAUGGGAGCGUUUCUAUGAGCAUACAUUCCAGCUUCUGCCCCGGUUGUCGGCCUUAUACCUGAAAUCUGGAGGCCAGUAAUCUUUCUGUGGCCUACUUCCUCAUAAACAGGUACACACCUUGUUGUAUGGGCAGUAUAUAAAAAGGAAAAAUUGGUUUCACAGUUCCUAACACAGAGACGUUUCAUACCAGCGGCUAGGCAAUUGCACAUAGGCAAAAUUUCCAGUAUAAGCCAUCUGGAACAUGCCAAUUAAGAGUUACCACUUCCGUCCAUAACCCACUCAGUCUAGUUAUAUUUUCAAAUGGGUUACUAGGUUGUGUCAGGUUAAUACCCUUGCUGGUAAUGUAUGGUUUUUCACACUUAUCAUUGCAUUAUCUGCUCCUCCAUUUGUCCGAUGCAUAAGAAAAUUUCAAAUGUUGAACCAUUGCAUUAAAUCAAUACAUCUUAUAUCUUCGGGGAUUAUGAUAUCACUAUCUCCUUGGACUACUGUAUUCAUGUCAGGUUUCUAUAGGAGCAGUCCCUUGCACAUUUCAACAAUACAGUGUCGCAUUAUUCCGGUAUCAGUUCACAAGUACAACAAUAAUAACAGCAUUCAGUGAUACAGUUACAAUCACAAAACCAACACAAUCUGUAGAGUGCGAAGUUGUACAGCUGCUUUUAGGAUCUUCAGAUGGAAUAAAAGAGGCCACCAAUCAGGUCAGAAAGACAAAAAUUGUUUCUCCUGCAAGGAGAAAAAUCCCAAACAAAACUCAUGCAUAUCAUCAUGACCACAUUUUUGAAAACGUUCAUUGUCAGGAAUCACUUGGCACUUAUUAACUUCUUUCAUGGGGCAAAUUUUUCUCCCACCUGACAGAAAUCUAAGGUGUUCAGUACGUGCUGUGACAGUCACUCUCAAAUACAAUCCUUAUAUGAGUACAUUAAACAAGAAAGAAAACCUUACAAUGAAUUUCCAUCCUCCCACCAUAGUCUUUCCAGCUUUCUUCUGAGGAUUGAAAAGAGUCUUUUGGUCAUUACUUGUCCAUUUCAGGGUCUUUUCUUUCAUGUCAGGUUUGGGAAGGUUGCUCUGAUGACUUUCAGUGAAGGUUGGAUCUAAACCCAAUUACUGGCUCAAAUGGAUGGAGUGUCUCCU